CGUUUGCAUUUAGGAUACGAUUCGUGCCGAAAAUGUGAAACAAAGAUGGUGGAAACAUCUUUUACCCUACAGAUAUCAAAAAUUAGUGAUUAUUUUUUUACCAUUGGUUUCACUCAAGAAAUUUAAUCAAGAAAUGUGUACAUAUAUUGAUGAAGGACUGCUGUAGUUUACAAUUUACGGAAAACCCGCAUCUUGAAAUGGAUUGAAAAUGUGGAAAUAUAAACGAUGCAAUUAAAUAUUAAACUUAUACUACUAACGAGGUUUUCCAUAGAUUCAAAGUGUCAAUAAAGUGAUGUUUACAGGAUAAUCAAAACUGUAAAAUGUGGAAAAGUUAUUUUCGCAAGUGUGGAGAUGCUGAAAAGAGCAAGUGAAAAGCUGUUCAUAAGUAACUGUAAAGGCAGGUUAGCAAGAAUUCUUUUUCUUGCCAAAUGGAAUGAAUUUGUUAUAAACUGACCGUGGGAACUCAUCGUGUUACGUUACAUAUGAUAAUUUUCCAACUAGUGAAGCCGUGCUUCGAUUUUUUGGCAUUCCUGGACCACUAUCCAAUGCCUGUCGAUGCCGACACGGUUAAACGAAUAUAAACAAUGGAAAACGAAUCAGUCAAAUCGGAACCGAACAGUAAAACGAGACGAUCCAGGGGACAUAACGGAGGAAACAAUAGCAGCACAUUGGGAUCUCACAGAGACCGAACAAGACACUCUCACAGAAAUAAUCAUAUGCGAAAUAAACGACCGGAUAUGGCCCCUUUUCAAACUAGUGUGAACAUUGGUGACGAUAGCCGCGAUGGACAGGAAGUGAUAGAAGUUCAAAUUUUACCACAGGAUGAAACCUGGGGAGAAAAUACAACCGCUAUAACAGGAAAUACCUCCGAGCAGAGCAUAUCUAUGGAAGACGUCAGCUAUUGGCAAAUGUCCGAUGAUACAGGAAUAGGAUUUGCGUGUCAGCGAUAUCUGGAAAGGACUUUAUCGAUGUUGUUAUGUACUGUAGCUUUCAUAAGUCCAUUAGUGAUGGCAAUUCUACCAAAGAUGGGAUUCUUUCCAUCCGCAUUUGACAAUCUAGAGCUGACUCAGAAUGAGCGAUUGCAGCUUUUGGCUUGUAAUGCAGAAUGUAAAGGAAUGCUGGUUUCAUUGACAGCAAGAAUGUUAUUGCUUGCGAUCGGUUUGUGGGCGGUUUUUGCAAGAAAACCUAUCUCUAUCAUGCCAAGGAUAUUUUUCUUCAGAGCAGCAGUAUUACUGCUAGUUCUGAUAUCUACGUUUGCCUACUGGUUAUUUUACAUAGUUCAAGUGACGGAAGGAACGAAGGCAAUAGUGUCUGGUUCUGCUGCGGUGGAUUAUAAGGGUUUGGUUUCGUAUGCUACUAAUUUCACGGAUACACUACUUUUUGUUCAUUAUGUGGCAGUUGUGUUACUAGAAAUUCGACAUCUACAACCCAUUUACCAUAUUAAGGUGAUCCGGAGUCCUGAUGGAGAAUCUCACAGCUACAGCAUUGGACAGCUUAGUAUUCAGCGGACUGCUGUGUGGGUGCUUCAACGCUACUACACUGAGUUUACGAUCUAUAACCCGUAUCUAGAGCGAUUACCUGUAUCGAAAUCUCAACGUAAAGUUAUUUCUUCAUUUAAGUAUUACGAAGUUGAUGGUGCUACUCCAGCUCAACAGCAAAAUCAAUCUAGAGCUGUAUUAGCGGCACAUGCUCGCAGACGUGAUUCGUCACACAAUGAACGUUUUUACGAGGAACAUGAAUAUGACCGACGGGUUAAAAAACGGAGAGCACGUCUUGUAACGGCCGCCGAAGAAGCUUUCACACAUAUCAAACGUCUUCAAAACGACCAACCACAACCACAAGCUCCAGUAAUUCCAUUGGAUCCACAGGAAGCGGCGCAAGCGAUUUUUCCAUCUAUGGCACGUGCUCUACAAAAGUACCUCCGUGUGACUCGACAACAACCACGUCAUACGAUAGAGUCGAUACUGAAACAUCUUGCACACUGUCUCAAAAACGAUAUGUCCCCGCGAGCGUUCUUGGAGCCAUACCUAGUAGAAUCUCCCGUUCUCCAACACGAAAAGGAAAGACGCACAAAUCAUAACUGGGCUUUGAUUUGUGACGAACUGUUAUCGCGGCCGAUUUCGGAUGGUAGCACGUUUCAAUUGAUCCAGAACGAUGUUUCGCUUACCGUUUCGGUCAACAAAAUACCACACUUCACAAUUAGUGAAGAAGUAGUCGAUCCUAAGUCGAACAAAUUCAUUCUGAAAUUGAACUCGGAAACCAGCGUGUGACCUCCUCAAAGAAUUUGCAACACAAAACAUUACUACGAAGACAGGCCGAACCAAAGCGAUCGUAGUGAGAUUCUUUUGCGGUUAAACAUGAUUUUGGCUGGUAAAUGGCGCAGUCGAAAAAUUCAAGAUCGUUUGGUUUGAAGAAGAACAAACGGAAGAAAGCAAUUAUAGUGUUGUGCCUCGGAAUGUGGGAUGUUUCGACAAAAUUUUGUAUCCGAAUAAGCUUAUUUAUGUGUGAUCAAAAGUGAGAUUUGACAUGGUUCCGUUGGCAUUUAUUGAAUUUCGUAGUAUGCUUGUAACUGACACUGAAUUUUUCUAUGCUGCGUUCAAGAUAAGUGUCUCGCUCUAUUGACAUUCACUGCAUUACGCAGUCAAUGAAUUCGUCGUCGCUUAAACAAGCAAAAAUUUGCAAGAAGACAUAAAAGAAAUUCGUAAAACAGAAAUAUGAGCUUCAGGGGAUUGGCAUAUCAUCGAGAAUCAUCAGAUAUCUACACAAAAAAAAACGAAGGAAAUGAUUUUCACCGAAAAUACGCUAUACUAAGUUUUGAUUCGAUGGUAUAAUUUUAGUAGCAAAUAAAUCGUAUUCACCAAGGUGAAUAUCGUAAGGUUAAGAGAAUCCUUGUGUUUAAACAAGGUUAAAUAUAGGACAAAAAAAUCGACAUUUGAAUGACAACAAUACCACUUUUAUGUGAUAAACAACUACAAAACAUUCUAUACAAUCUUCGUUAUUUCACCUAAAAUUGACGUAGAAAACAGACUUGAAAUUUUGUGGGGGAAGGCUUUGGAUGAUGAGCGGGCUCGUUCCCCGAAUGUCGGAUGGGACUAGAUAUCAAUUUAGUUCCAGACCAGACUAAUUGCAAAUUUGGUUUUGACUGGAGACUCGAAAUUAGUCGUCGGGUGAUUUCAAGAUAGCCGCCUUACGUCUGUAAUUGGCACCAGUUCAAACCUUGAUACGUUUGGAAUGAAUCACAAAUUAAUGCAUUCGUUCUGAACUGAUGUUAGUUCGAAAAGAAGGCUUAUAAUUAUCAGAAAUAAGUGUAAACUAUUAUCCUAUGAGUCGAACAGGAUUAUUCAAACCUUUCCGAUCCGAUUCGGCUCUGAGGCGGGUGCAAAUAUUCCUCCUUAUAUUGCGAUUGGUGUUUUCGCACAUGUCCGAUAUAGAUUCGUAUCGAUACAUAAUAGAGGGCUGGUUACAUGCUGUUUUACACUUAUUGUUCGUGCCGAAUAUUGACUAAUGAAGAAACAAUUAAAAUAGAUUAGUACAUCAGUUUAAGAAAAGUUUUGGACAAUCGUUUAUCUUUCUAUCCUUGAAUCUAACAAUGUGGUUAAUUCGUCCUGGCUUCAAGUGGGUUGUUACGCCUCGCAUUAAAGGUUAUUGCAGUUUGGUGUUCCUUUUUUCCGAUAUUUCUAACUGCUGGUAGAGUUUUAGGGCAUAGGCCACCAACUCAAAAAUAAAUUGUACUAAAACUUGUUCAAUCCUUAUUUGGGUUUCUGUGUUUGCUAACUAAUAUCACAUUGAUAUUAGUUGAUCAAAUGAGCACCAUAUUUUGAUCAAAUGAGCACCAUAUUUUGAAAAACAGUUUGGAUAGUCGGGUAAACAAGUGAAAGUUAGUUUCUAUAUUGUGUGUUUAAUUACACGACGAAUAAGCAGUAAUAAGACACCAGAAAGUUUUUCACCAGAAAAAAAUGAAAUAUCUGAUUCGAAAAAUCGUUGAAUAAUAUACGUUAUAUAUUGAUAUUAUAUUAUUAUUAUUAUUAAUAUACAAAAUUACUAUCGAAAUUUACCCUUCGCAAACGUUUCCGACUUCUUAACUCUGAAUUCGACGUCGGCUCUACAUUAAGUUUUCUCUUUUCUCUCUUCGUCACCUAGAAUUGCUCAAGGAAUCCCCUGAAAUCCUCGUGUUCGUGUUAUCGUCGCACGGCACUCAGGGAACCGAUGAGUUUCUUCCCUCCGAGUUGUUCCUAAUUCGCAUCUGGAACGGCUCGUCGAGUUAGCAAAAUGUCUGUUUGUGUAUGUAAUGUAUUUUUGCACUAGCUUUUCUCGGAGAUACCUGGACCAAUUUUCACAGGAUUCAAAUGAAAGGUCUUGUGGUCCCAUACACCAUUCCUGAAUAUUAUUUGGAUCCGACAUCCGGUUCCAGAGAUAUGGAGCAAAAUGUGCAAAAAAAAAUUGUAUCAUUUUUUUUGGGAGAUGGCUAAAUCGAUUUUAACAAACUUAAAUUCAAAUGAAAGCUAUUUAGGUCCUAAGGUAAGUUUCCAUUUUUUUAUCUAAUUUCCGGUUCCGGAGUUAUGGGGUAAUAAGUGCAAAAAAAUAAAAACAUGUGUACCAACUUUUCUCAGAGAUGGCGCGACCAAAUUACACAAACUUAGUUUCAAAUGGUCUUAUGGUCCUUUACGAAACUGCUGAAUUUCAGCUGGAUCCGACUACCAAUUCCGAAAUUAUAGGAUGAUUAGCGAAAAAAUUAAAAUUUUAAAUUUCUUACUCACUGCCUUACCAAGUUUUACAAACUUAGGUUCAAAUGAAUGGACUUAGUGCUAUUUACAAAACUUCUUAAUUCCAUCUGAAUCCGACUUCCGAUUUCGGAAUGAUAGGGUAAAGUAUGUUAAAAAUGGUAUACCACCACUUAGAGCGGCGAAAGAGGAAACGUAAAAAAAUCUAAACUGGCCUCAAGACUACUUCAAUCGGUAGUCAUUAUCAGUAGAUAGUCAAACAAACCGAUUCCAGCUAUCCUGGUUCCCGUUUUCCGAUUUCCGGAAAUAGUUAUCAUAUUUGCCCAAAUGGAUCACACUUACUUUUCUCAGCGAUGGUUUGACCGAUUUUUACAAAGUUUUGAUCAAAUGAAAGGUCCUGUGGUCGGAAAUCCUUAAUUUCAUCCGGAUCCGACUUCAGGUUACGGAGAUAUAGGGUAGACGGAGUUAAAAAAUUUAUACAAUCACUUAAAAGGGUGAAAAACGGAAAAAAUUCUAAAUCGUGCUCAGAACUACUUCAAUCAAACAAACAGGUUUCGGUUAUACUUUCCAAAAUGGAAGAAAAUUAUUUGGAAUAAUACCACAGUAUUAUAUAUGAUAUUAUGAUUGAUAUGAGAAAGGCAUCAUUACACCACAAGGUGAAUCAAAACCGGUUUUUAUAAUGUUUUUUUGGGACUACAGUACAACAUUUCAAUAACGUCUUUUUCCUACCCCAACCUAUAACGUUGUCCCAUCCCAUGGCGAUCAUGUGGUCCGCAUAGGAUAGCCCACCAUUACCUCUCGUACCAUCGGCAUUCAACUGACUUGCGCUCUCAUUGCUCCACCAACUAUCGCAAAAUGAAGGUGAAAUAAAAAUUGAAAUUUAGAAAUUUACGUUGUUUCAAUGGGAAAUGAUACGCAAUUUUGAGUGAACGACAGCAUGAUCAUUAUUUUGUUUCAAAAUCAUUAUUAUAUAGAAUAUGAAGCAAUACAGAAACACUACUGGUAGAAACAAUUGCUUACACAUUUUUUUAAUAUGAAUGAUUCGCGGACCACUGGUUUGCAGGCUUUGUUUGUUGAUGGCUUAACGAACCGACUUCACCUAUAGACGAUUUCUCGUUCCGGAAAUAGCAAUUAAAAACCCAAAAAUGGGAACAUUCAUCUUGUUUUUGCCUUUCUCAUAUAGAAACCAUAUGCAAACACUGAAAAACGGCUUUUGAACCGAGGCCCGGAUGGUAGUAUGUCAUAUACCAUUCAAAUCAGUUCGUCGAGAUCACAAAAUGUAUGUGCGUGUGUAACACAAAUGUGAAAUAAAUUUUCUCGUAGGUGGCUAUAUUGAUUUUCACAAACAUAGAUUAAAAUAAAAUGUGAUAUUUUCCCAUAUAAUAUUUUAGAUUUGCAUCCCGACUCCACUUUCGGUUCCGGAAUUUCAGUGAUGAUGUGAUGCAUAAAACUAUGCACUUAAUUUUCUCGAAGAUUUCCACAAAAUUAGAUUCAAAUUAAUGAUCUAACUUCUGGUUCCGGAAUAUCAUAUUUAUAAGCAGAAAAAUGGUAAUUUCUAGAGCUUGUUUCUAUACAUAAUGAUGUAAAAAUGAAAAAAAAAACCUUUGAACUAGCCAUAUACACAUACAAAUGGCCAAACAUUUGGUUCCGGAUAUAUAGAUCGGGAGUUCCCAGAGCACUUAAUUCAUUUUCUCAGAUAUGCCUAAACCGAUUUUCACAAACAUAGACAAUCUUACAAUCUAGUGAGUUUUAUUCGCAUCCAACUUCCGGUUCGGGAAUUGAUCUAAAUUGUUACGGACAUUUGUAGAGUAUGUCAGUUAAUUGUCAAACGAGCCGUCUUUGUUUCCAGAUUCCUUUUUCGAAAGUACCUCAAAUUGUCAAAAAUUCCGAGAACUAUCAUAUAGUUUAAAAUGAAACAAAUCAGUCGUUUCUGCUUAGAAUGGCAAUUCAAGAAAAGUAAAAACUUUGAACGAAACCUUUUCCAUUUUGCUGAAAACUGCUAGUGAAACAUAAUUUGGUUUCAGUUUCCUUACUCUACCACACAUUGCAUGCCCAACUAACACAUUUCUAUACGAAUUUUCUCUUGCAGAUUUUGAUUCAAAAUAAAGAUUUGCAUACCUUUUGUUAAAAUUCCAGCGAGAUAGAAACCUUUGCUCGAAGAAGCCAUAGGCAAUAAAUCUAUUCUUUCGGAAAACUGCUUUUCCACAAAACAUUCAUUUUUGCUUAGCGUAAUCCAUUACAGUUGCACUGAAGCAGUGUAGCUAAACUUUCUAAUAUGUAAUAACAAAUCAAAAACUAAGAAUGUAUGCAAUUUUCCAUCAAACAUCGACGAAAUAUGCUUUACAUUUGUUUGAGCAUAUAUUGUUGUAAAAAUAGAAUGUUUGAAAUCAAAUUGUAAACGCGCCUUUGAUAAAUUGGUGGCACUGAACAUAUAACAGUUCGGCUGAAAAGUUCGUAUCGUUUAAUAGAAACACACAUUUUUUUGUCAAAAUUCGUUUUUAUUAUUCAACAUAAUUGCCAUCAGAGGCGAUACAGCGAUUAUAGCGAUCUUCCAACUUUUCGAUACCAUUUUUGUAGUACGAUUUGUGCUUUGCCUCAAAAUAGCCCUCAGUUUCAGCGAUUACCUCUUCAUUGCUUCUAAAUUUUUUACCAGCGAGCAUUCUCUUGAGGUCUGAGAACAGGGAAAAGUCACUGGGGGCCAAAUCUGGAGAAUACGGUGGAUGAGGGAGCAAUUCGAAGCCCAAUUCGUUCAAUUUCAGCAUGGUUUUCAUCGACUUGUGACACGGUGCAUUGUCUUGAUGAAACAAAACUUUUUUCUUCUUCAAAUGACAACUGAAACACUACUUUUUAUGAAAAUGGUGGAAUCAAUUGCUAGAAUGCGCAAUUUAAUAUUAUUGCCCAAAUUGCAAAAUGUAUCAAUAUUUUUUCCAAGAAAUAUUCUACAGUAUUCUUUUUUCUUCAGAACAAGAUCGACGACUAUUGUUACCUAUAACCUUCAUCUUUAUCACUUAAACUUUGAUUGGUUCCAUUGAUAUCCAUACUACCCAUUGUAAGUGCAAGAAAUUGUACCAUCUUCAUUUUUGUGAUAUGUAUGGAUGGGGUGUAGAUCUAUGAUAUACAUAUCAAAUAUGAAGUACAUAAUACACACAUUUCUAACACAUGGAAACAUGGUUAUCACUUGAUCCUAAACACAGAUAUUUUUCAUUUGUGUCUUUUGCAGUCUAAUCAAUAUUGAACAUUGAAACAAUACAAUACAUAAUCGAUAUGUUUAAUCGUACUCGAUUGUAUGUGUAAAAUAGCUUUUAAGGGUCGACUCGUAUUCCGGCACUAACGAUUUUAUUUUUCACUUGUUUUCUCGGUACCGAUACGAGAAAUGACAGAGGGUGCAUAUGUGUGAGUGAAUCGACCUUAACCGAAGCCGUUUAUCGAUUUUAGGUACCAAUCUAUCAACAGCAGAUAUAACAAAGCAGCAGCUGAUGCUGAUUUUAUUGCGGUCGGGUCCCUAAUUGUACUGUUCUCUGCCUAAUUAUCAUCGAUUGGUUGUCGUCACUGUCAGAAUUAACCCGGAGAGAUCGAAUAACAUCAUAAACUCAUCAUCACAUUGUAUCCGAUGAUGCGCUUCGUUUUGAUUCAUCUACCUGCUGUGUGAGAAUAUUAUGGCUUCUGUUCCGUUUUCCCAUCAAGAGAAUAAGCCGCCAGAGAAGGGUAUAAUAGAGAAUCAUCGAUACAUGGCUAAUCAAUCUUAGUUAAUUGUAUUGCGCGUUUCCUUUCUUUUCUUUAUCCGCAAAUUGUAAUACCCAUGGUAGCAAAGACCAAAUGAUUUGUAACCAAAUCACAAACUUUUAUAUGGGGAAAGCGAUAACGUGAGCUUGACCUAAACCUUACCAACAGAGAGUAACAAUUUUGAAUUCAGAGAAUAAUGCCAACAGUAUUUGUCGUGAAGUUUCCCCGUCAUCGGAAAACAAUCCAAUCUACAAUUAAUUGCAUUAAACUUGACAUGCGUUUCUUUAGAAAUAUAUGCACUGAAUAGCGUAACGGAGGUAUUUUUGUUACUCUAACACAUAUUAGUCCAGCAUUCAUAUUUCUGGUUGUAAUCAGAAUGAAGUACAUAUUCAAAAGAAUAGAAUAAUUAUUAAAAUACUGAAACACGAUGUACUUCAUUUAGAUUACAUCCAGAAAUAUGAACGACGGACCAAAAUACAUUAGAGUGGUCGUUACACACUGGGGUCUAUUUUAUGCGUUUUUUUUAAUGCGGUUUCUUUUAAGCGCCUUUUUUACGCGGAUUUCCGAAGUUUCAUGCAUUUCUAACAUAUUUGGCAUCAAACUUUUUUUUUCUUUAGUACGGAGUUUUUUUUUACCCGGUACGUAUCCCCCGCGUAAAAAGAGACCUCAGUGUACCUCCGUUAUAUUACUCCUUGUAUUUAGAUCUACGCUAGUAUAACGCAAUUAGUCCGACGAAUCAAAAUCCUAGCAAUGCCAACCUUAAUAUUAGUUUUUAAUUUAAACUAAUUUGUUAUUAAGACAGAGCAUAGAAUUCUUAUUUUCCAGAGGAUAACACAAACGUAUAAUUAUUUAAUUUGGGAUUCAGACAUCAAGUUCAACUCUACUUGAGCGACACUUUUUUCGAAGUGCAAUGUCUUAACUGAAAAACAUCCAAUAAUCUGUAAAUAAAUUAAAGGAGGGUUUUGAUGAGAAUUUUAUAAGUCGCACCGUAGAUUCUACCUUAACUAAUUAAUAAUCAUAAUGUAAAUAAAAAAUAUGGACUUUCUUAAACUGCUGGGUUAGUUCCUGUCGUCUUCUUUUAUAAAGUGUUAAAUCUUCUUAUAUCGUUUUCGCUUGAUGCCAAACCUAGCCCAUUUUCCACCCUAAACGCUUGUUUGAAGCUAGUUUCGAACCUAGUUUCAACAUCGUUAAACUGAAAAUCGUUUCUGUUUUGAACCUGGUUUAGGAAUAUGACAAUCAAUUGACAAUAAUCGAUUAGUUGUAUUAAAUUUACCCCAAUCAAAUUCAGAAAAAAAACAACUAGUUUGCGAUCGCGGGCUUAUAUGUGCGGUUCGUAGUAAAUCAUAUAUUAAACUGGGACAUUGUAUAGUCUUACUUGGAAAUGCAAAGAUGUCCUUAGUUGAGAUCUGACAUUACAAAACACUUUCCUCAGAAAUUCUACGAUAUGGGUGAGAUAUGUUUGAAUAUGUAUGUUAAGAUAUUAUUUUUCACAAAAAAAAAUAACUUACUACCAACUACUGCUUUUGCACAACAUAAGUCAACAAGGCUGUUGGUAAAUUGUUCUUCUUCUUUUUCUGGUUGGCGUCACCUCACUUGAGAUGACGCCGAUUUGAUGGCACAGCAACUAAGGCUAUAUUGCCAGUUAGUUUCCGUUUAUGAAGCUAAGUGAAUAUAAGAUACUAGGUCUAUUGUACCAAUAGUCAUCUCAAUAGUAGAGUUGUCAUAUUAUUUUUUCGAAUACUCGACUUUCUAUCCAUGAAUGAAAUUGUGAUGUGAUGAAAUUGGAUGCACUAGGAAGCAAUACCGCAGAAAAAAUAGUUCAAAAUUUUUUCAAUACUGCUGUUCUAGCGACGCUCGAAGCGAGUCCGUAUCGAAUCUCAUACAUAGAAGUAGGGGAGAGAUAUCAAAUUCGUGCGCGCCUGAAUAGCAGAAUUGCGCAUCCAUACAAUUGACAUGAUAUAUUGAAUGUGAUACCGUGCGAUGGCGUUGCUGACCUGAAAAUUGAUUUCGCUCUAAGCUGACAGGGUCUGCUUUUAUCGAUUUUGAGUUGAAAAUAGAAGGUGGCAAGAAAAAAUGAGGCGGCCGACGUUUUCGUUCAUAUGUUUCCCGACGUCUUCAUUCGCAUGUUAACUACCCAUGGAAUGAAGUAAUUCAGCAAAAUAAUAGCAAAAAGAAACCAAAUUGCCUGAUGCGGUUUCGAAGAUUUAUUAUAAUUCAAUUGAGGAAGUGAGUUUAUUCAACACAGGUAGUUUGCCUGUUGAUCGAGGUGAGCGAUCGCUAUCUUCAGAAGCAAUUAGUGUACUCAUGAAUCAACCAGCGACAGCUCUGAAAGCAUGAUUCCGGAGAUUGUUACUUACGUAAUGUUAAGUGAAAUAAACGUUGAAGUUUCGUAAACAAUAAUAUUUCACGCACAGAUAAUCUAUUGAUACAUAGGAACUGAUUAUAGUGACCCUGUGAGACUGUAAUAGCAUAAUUGUACUUAAAUGAGACGUACAAAAAAAAACUUUCCAACUAAACGUAUUUAACCGAACAACUGGCUUAGCUUUACAGCAUCUGUAUUCACAAUAUACUAUUAUACAUUUAAUUUUAGUUGAUUAAGGUAAAGCAUUUUCUGAAAUACUCAAACAAUACUCAGAUCUACGUAGUUAAUACAAAUUAAGAAACAAAUGGCAAAUGAAACGUUUAGGUUUUUUCCCAUCAGAUUUAUAUGCAUGUCAUUAAGAAGCAAACGAUAAAUCCCAGUGCUGCCGUAUACAACAUGCAGCCAAGCUAGACUAAUCAAGUACACACCAAACGAAUGUAAUGUUUUUGUAUAUAAGUAGUCUAAAAAUGUUCAGAAAACAGUAAUAGAACGAAAGUGAUGCAAUGAAGAAAGAAAAGCCUAUAAAUCGAUGAAAUGCAAUGAAUGUUACAUUAAAAACAAUGAUAUCCACCAAGACCAAUGAUCACACAAGUUUGUAAACUAUUGAAACUAUACUAUACUGAGAAUGCAUUCUACAUGUACUGUAAAAAUUGACUUAGUUGCAUACAUACAUUCGACUUGAAAAUGUUUUUUACAUCUACAAUCAGAUUAGAAUGGUAGCGAGCAAAGCGAUUGAUAAGCAUAAGAAAGGUUAAGAUUUGAAAUAAGAAUUAGAAUUACAAACGUGCCCUGUCUGCACUAUUCAACGAAAAUCACGAUAGAAAACCUAGUGUAUAAUCUAUACAAAUCAUUUUUUUUU